AUGGCGUUACAGAGGAUAUCAGCUUGGAGGGACAGGUAUGCUGAUAGCGCUUCCGUGGCCAUCGACUGCACGGCGGAUCUGGUUCGCUGCCAGUUGCGUGACUGGUCCGGACCGCUAAAUGAUGAUGAGCUGGUCCUGAUGUACGGGAUGGCCCUGGUAAGGUUUGUUAGCCUCAUCACAGAGCGCAAGAACAGGAGAAAACCCCGGACGAUGAAGAUGAUGGCUAGGAAGCUAAACAUCCCAGAGUGGUUGGUGAAUCUGAGGUACAAGGGAUGUGAGGCGGCCCUGGAGUGGCUCAAAGAAGAGUACUGCGCCAGGCAGUUCAGAGAGGAUGAGGAAACUGACCUCAAGCAGCAGGAGGAUGACGUCCUACAAAAGGUCGAGCAGUUUGCAUUGGAGUCCAGGGAUCUAUUGAUUGAUGUGCUGCUGGAGGAUGGAUUUCUGGUUCCUACCAUUGAGCAGCUAGAAGCAUUAGGCUGUGACACCUCUGACAGUGCCAGUCCCACUGAGCCCAGAGUCCCACAAACGUUCCUGCACCUUUGGCUGCCCCUGCUAAAGAUGGUCAGCUCACCAUCUUUUAUCCACCUCUUCCUCGAGAAGCUCUUUGUGAAACAGAAGCUGCUCACCAAAGAGCCCAAUGGUCACAGGGCUUUCUACAUAUCUGCCUGGAUUUCAGAAGUCCUCCUCUGCAAUGGUAACAAAUGGGCCAGAAUGAAGGACAGGAUUUUUACAGACCGCAUCCAGCUGAGGUGGCUACACCUGAUAGCUCUGUGUCUGGAUGCCCCCUGCAUCAGCAUGCCUCACCUGCUCCAGCUAAUCCUGGAUGACAUGGAGCACUGAAAUUAAAAUGUAAAAAUUAAAUGUUAAGAAGACAAAAUGUUCCGAGAGAUAUUAAUAUUGAUCACAGUGGAUUAAUCCUGGAUGACAUGGAGCAUUGAACCCAGCCCCCCCACACACACCCUCACCCCGACCCUCUUAGCCCCAAACACACACACCCCCACCCCCUCACAUGGAGCAUGUCAUCCAGGAUUAGCAGGAGGCAUGCUGGAUGCCCCCUGCACCAGCAUGCCUCACCUACUCCAGCUCAUCAUGGAUGACAUGGAGCAUUGAACCCCAGCCCCCACAUACACACCCUCACCCCAACCCUCACCUGCUCCAGCUAAUCCUGGAUGACAUGGAGCAUUGAACCCCAGCCCCCACAUACACACCCUCACCCCAACCCUCACCUACUCCAGCUAAUCCUGGGUGACAUGUUCCAUGUCAUCCAGGAUUAGCUGCUAAUGUCGUCCAGGAUUAGCAGGAGGCAUGCUGGAUGACCCCUGCAUCAGCAUGCCUCACCUACUCCAGCUCAUCAUGGAUGACAUGGAGCAUUGAACCCCAGCCCCCACAUACACACCCUCACCCCAACCCUCACCUGCUCCAGCUAAUCCUGGAUGACAUGGAGCAUUGAACCCCAGCCCCCACAUACACACCCUCACCCCAACCCUCACCUAAUCUAGCUAAUCCUGGGUGACAUGUUCCAUGUCAUCCAGGAUUAGCUGCUAAUGUCGUCCAGGAUUAGCAGGAGGCAUGCUGGAUGACCCCUGCAUCAGCAUGCCUCACCUACUCCAGCUCAUCAUGGAUGACAUGGAGCAUUGAACCCCAGCCCCCACAUACACACCCUCACCUGCUCCAGCUAAUCCUGGAUGACAUGGAGCAUUGAACCCCAGCCCCCACAUACACACCCUCACCCCAACCCUCACCUACUCCAGCUAAUCCUGGGUGACAUGUUCCAUGUUGUCCAGGAUUAGCUGCUAAUGUCGUCCAGGAUUAGCAGGAGGCAUGCUGGAUGACCCCUGCAUCAGCAUGCCUUCUUUUUAGCAUGGACUUCAUAAAUGUUAAGAAAAAGAUAUAUCGCAGAUCUAAAUUUGGUCAGUCAGCAUUUUCCAUAAAGGCUUGCCAUCUGUGGAACACACUUCCAACUGAAAUCAAAUUGAUUACAGACAUCAGAUCGUUUACAUUGAAGGUUAAAGUUUGGUUAAAUGGAAAUCACAGCUGUAGUCAUUUAAUUAUUGAUUUUUUAUUUUUUUUAUUUAUUGUUUAUUAAUUGUAGUUGUAUUUAUGAUGUAUUUUGGAAAAUGUAUGUUUUAUUGUAAAAUGUACGUAUUGUGAUUGUCAGCCCAACAAGGGACAAUUGUUGAAAAUUAGCAGUAGCUAUAAACUUAUGUGAGUUACAUCAGUUUCAUGUUUUGUACUUGGACGAUGUUAAACUGCACUGUCCCUUUUAAAUAAAUUCAAUCAAGACUAUUGCUGUAUUUUAAAAAAUGUGUAUCAUCAUAGGAUACUCAAUCUACUUUCUUUUCUAAGACAAAAGCAUGAUUUUUAGGAACGCACGAGAACCCGGCAGCAAGUGUUUUACAGGUCCAAGGUGUGUUUAUGUCUUUUAAAAUAUACUGAUAGGCAUCCUCUGACACAACAUAGUAUCUUUGUACUGCGUGUCUAAUCCUAGAGAAAUCAACCCCGUAUUUUAUUGCAUAUUGUAACGUAGUGCGUACCUGUAUUAUGCUUUGAAAAUGUGAUACAUGUAAUGUGAUCAUCAAAGAUAAACACAGAUGGCUAAAAGAAAUGUUUGAUGGUAAAAAGGAAACAAGUGUUGUGCUGCUAAACUUUGAGGUUCUAAGUCACCAGCGUUUAAAUAAGAAAAUGCAAAGAGGAAACUA